UAUUGUCAAUUGAUCUAGUGACAUCGAGUGAUCAUCAAUAGAUGAUAUAUGGCUUUGAAGGAUGAGAAAAUGCCGACUAAAUUACACCACUUUCGUUGGAGAAAACGACUAAUUUUCACCACAGUAAACUCGUUUCUUAUUUAAAGAUUAAAACUCAAAGCUCAUUGAAGAUUUUACAGGUGUAUUUACUAAGCAAUGGCGUCGGUAAAGGUGGCCGUUCGUGUAAGGCCAUUGAACCAAAGGGAGGAUAACAAAGGUGCUUCUCUCAUCAUUGAAAUGGAAGGGAAAAAGACGAAAAUAUCGAAUUUUAGGGCUAGUUCUGUGGAGAAGGUAAAAGAGUUCACAUUCGACCAUUCGUAUUGGUCCGCAGAUCGCAGAAGCAGAAAUUAUUCAAACCAAGAAAAGGUGUUUAAUGAUCUUGGUACAAUGAUUUUAAAAGCUGCUUUCGAAGGAUACAAUGCUUGUAUCUUUGCCUAUGGUCAGACAGGCUCUGGCAAGACCUACACCAUGAUGGGAGACUCUGAAACAGACCCAGGCCUUAUUCCUAGAAUUUGUCAGGCAAUGUUUUCAAGAAUGAAGGCAAAUAAAGACCAAGGUGUUUCUUAUAGAACAGAAGUGAGUUAUUUGGAGAUCUACAAGGAGCAUGUGAGAGAUCUGCUUCGUCCACCAGCAAAGGGAAUGCAACAACACAACCUGAAAGUUCGAGAGCAUCCAAGAGAUGGAAUUUAUGUUCAAGACCUCACAAAGCAUCUUGUCUCAGACUUUGAAAGCAUCCACAACCUCAUGGUUGAGGGAAGUAAUGUUAGGGUAACAGCAAGUACAAAUAUGAACGAUACCAGCAGUAGAUCACAUGCAAUAUUCACCAUCAGUUUUACACAGGCCAAGUUUGACCAUGACAUGCCAAGCGAGACUGUCAGUAAAAUUAACCUGGUGGACCUCGCUGGAAGUGAACGCGCAGAUGCUACGGGUGCUACUGGUGAUAGAUUGAAAGAAGGUGGUUUGAUUAACAAGUCGCUGGUCACAUUGGGAACAGUCAUAUCACACUUAGCUGAUGUUUCUAUGCAUCCACAAAAGAAGAUCUUUAUUCCGUACCGGGAUUCUGUGUUGACCUGGUUACUAAAGGACAGUUUGGGAGGAAACUCUAAGACAGUCAUGAUAGCAACCAUUUCACCUGCCGACAUCAAUUAUGCUGAAACUUUAAGCACCUUGAGGUACGCCAACCGCGCGAAAAACAUCAUCAAUAAACCAACGGUUAACGAAGAUGCCAACGUCAAAUUAAUACGAGAACUCAAGGCAGAGAUUGAUCGCCUCAAAGCCAUGGUUAACCCGGUAAGAAAACCAGAACGUUGUUCUUUUUCAUGCCUUAGGCGAACUAGACUGGAAACAUUGUCUCUUAAUUUUUACCAUUCCGACUUUUACCUACAGGAAGCCCUAGGGACAGCAGAGCUGGCGGCCGCAAAGAAGUUAUCUGAAAACGAAGCGAGAGUCAGCGAGCUCACUGAUAAGUGGAAAGACAGAUGGAGAGAGACACAAAAGAUUUUAGAGGAGAGAGAGAUGGCUUUGCAAAGAGAAGGUGUUGGAAUCAAAAUGGACUCGGGUCUUCCCCAUCUUGUUGUUGUGGACGAUGAUCUUUUCAGUACUGGAAUCGUGGUUUAUCAUUUGACAGAAGGUCGAACGACUGUUGGUCGGGAGGACGCAUCACAAAAACAGGAUAUCGUAAUAAGCGGUCCAGACACGGACAAAGAACACUGUUUUAUCGAGAACACAUCAGGCAAUGUUGUCCUAAAUCCUCUAUCUUCCCUCUGUACUAUCAAUGGCAACAAAAUCGAAAAGCCUGCCAAACUUUACCAAGGUGAUGUUGUCGUUUUGGGGAAGACAAAUCUAUUUCGAUUCAAUCAUCCACAAGAAGCUGCUGAAUUAAGAGAAAAAAGAAAGUCUAUGAAUAAGAAUGGUGUGAAUCGUGUGAAUAUGGUGUCCAAGUUUCGUAGCGAGUCGGAUUUGCUGAGGGGUUUCAUCACAGGGAGCGAACGCGAAGAGAAACUAAGCCGGGAACUAGACCAAGCAAGAAAUCUCUUGGACAAACAAAAGCAAGAGGAGUCGUUACUUUUGGAGAAGGCUAAAGAUGAAUUGGCUGCCCAGAUUCAGGAAGAAUCAAAACGACUGGAAGAAACAAGACACGAAUUAGAACAACAGAGGGCAAUUGUUAGCACUCAGACUGAGAGGGCAGAUAAAACAAGAGUCGAGUACGAGAAAUUGGAGGAAAAACAUCGAAUCUCGGAAACGGACCGUCGGAAACAGGAACUGAUCUACAAACAUGAGUUGGAGUGUCGUAUGAUGAAAAUCGAAAGCCAGAAGGACGAGUUGGAGUCGCUUAAAGAGCAAUUCACAACCACCGAAAGAGUUAGGGAACGAGAGAUAGAGGAGGUGAAGGAGAGGAUAUUUGAGGAGAAACGAGCGAAGAUUGAGGAGCUUGAUAACGAAGUGAAGAGGUUGUUGUUGCUGCAGUCAGAAAGUAAGAUUACUCGCGAUGCAAGGGAAGAGGAAAUGAUGAACUUGCAGAUGAUUUGGAAGAAGGAAACUGGAAAAUUAGACGAUGAAAAAGAGAUUUUAGGUUCACUUGAAAAUGAUCUUUGUUUGUUGGACAAGGAUGUUGAAGAGGGAAAAACCAAAUCAGGAGAUUACGAGCAACUUGAAGAGGAGAGAGUUAAGCUUGUGAGAAAAAUUUUAAAAUCAAAAGAACGCAUUUCGUACUUGCAACAAGAACGGCAAAACGCCGUAUCUCAGUUACAAAAACAUCUUCAAAACGAGCGGGAAGUUUUGGACUGGGAGGUUAUUGAAUGCCAGAAAGAGCUACGAGAACGAAGACAAAUGUUGGAGGAACAACUUAACGAGUUAGAAGCUGAAAAAGACAUCGCCGAAGAUAAACUAGCCGAAGCUGAGAUGGAGUUAAGUAAUAAGGUCGCUGACCAGGAUAGGAUUAUUCACGUCGCACAGGAACAGCUUUUUAAACUAGAAGAAGAGGUGUUGCAGGCGAUACGAGUUGACGAUGAGGAAUUGAAAGCGAAGCGGGCGAAAUUUGAUGAAGAAAAUAAGGUUAGGACUCUCGCGAUUGCUGAGAAGAGGCGCGAGGUUGUUGAACUAGGAGAGAAAGUUGAGAGGUUGAGGAGUGUUGAGGAAACUGGAAACGAGAAUGAGGCGAAGGAACUUGAAGCUCGACUUGGAGAGCAGAAAACAGUGCUUCAAGAGAUGGAAGAACAGUCGAUUAUCGAGGAAAAGAAAACAGAAGAACUGUUAGCGAUUGCAAGUAGGGAUUUAAAACAAAAACAGGCUAAAAAUGAGGUUGAUUUAGAAGAAGAACGAAGUAAAAUUGAAGAACUUAAAAACGACAAGCAAAAUACGAUUAAAGAGUAUGCGAAGAAGGUUAGCCAUUUUAAGGCGAUGUUGGAAGACGCUCAGAGUAAACUCCAAGAAGAUAAAGGAAAAUUGAAGGAUCUAGGACUUGAAGAGGAAGCACUACAUCAGAAACUCGAGGCUGGUGUGAUUUCGAUUGCACGGAAAUUAAAGGGCGUGGAAACACCGCCGGAAGUCGAGAAUUUGAUAAGUGAUCUCGAAGUGGUCAACAUCUCCGGUCGGGCGGAGAUCACUGAGAAGGAGGAGAGCAUGAGCCUGGAACUGCAGAAGAUCACGAACAGUUGCAAGGUCUUGGAAGACAGUGUCAUGGCGGAUGAGAACGAGAAAGAAAAAAUCGAAAAUGACCUGAAAGAAAUGCGAGAGGUGUUUCAGAAAGAUCGAACUGGAGAGAAAUUAGAACUGAUGCAAUUUGUGGAAAAUGUUGAAGGCGAGAGAAGUAUAACUGUGAAAAAAAGUGAUACGGAUUCCGCCAUGUUUUUGGAGAUCCAGCGAGCUCGCAAAGAACACGAAGAGGUCGUGUUGAAACUGGAACUCGAGAAACAGCAGCUGCUGCUCGAGAACGAGCGACUGGAACGCGAAAGAUAUAAAGAAAAACAACUGGUCGAGCAAGAACGUUUGGCCCUGGAGCGAGAGAAGAUGGACGAGAUACAAACUGUGAUACGAGAAAAGGAAAGUGAACUCAGCCUUAUGAAAGAGGAAGCUCAGGAGAAAAUCGUCGAGUUGAAGAAACAAUUGGAAACUUCUGACAGAGAGAUUGCUCAACUUCAGCACAAAGUAACUCAUUAUACAAGCAUGAUUAACUUACCAAUUCACAGCGAAUUUGACGACGAGGACGACGAAGAAGAUCCUGAAAUCGCAGGCUAUUUAUCACGAGACAACAAGCGUCGACGUGGAGGUAGCGUGGCCAGCCUGGAUGGUUCCGUCACCCCGCCCUCUAUAACUCCCCCACCGACGCCCGUAUCGAAGUUCCUAGCCUCUGUGAUUCAUAAUAAGCGAAACGCGAUCCACGUGGAAAUACCGCGUUUCAGGAUUCGAGGCAUAGGGCGAGUCUCCUAUCACGUCUUUGAAGUCAGGGUUACGGUUGGCGAUGAAACCUGGACAGUGUUUCGAAGAUAUAAGAAAUUCCGAGAAAUGCACAAUGAUAUUAAGCACAGACAUCCAGAGAUACGCAACAUUAGUUUCCCUCCGCGAAGAUUUUUUGGUAACAGAAAUGAAUCCUUUGUGAUGGUACGCAAGGAUAUGUUAGAGAGCUACCUCCGUGAAAUGUUGAACGUGUGUUCAACGCUACGAUCGUGCCAUCUCAAUGUUCCUGAAGGACAAACUCUGACAAAGUGGGAUUUGUCUUUUUUUCAUAACUUCUUUAAACAAGGUAUAUUUGAACAGACGAGAGCGUACAAUGCUUCAUAAUGUGUGACUGGAAAUCAGAUCUUGUGUGAACAUGCGUUGUUUCUCCUUCGAAGACGAGGUUGCAAAAAACAACCAAGUGAAUACCUGUAUCAAGCCCCGAUAUUCCAGGCUACAAAGCCAUAAUGGAUGUCUUUAAUCGACCCCUGCCAACCUGAUUGCAGGCAAAAGGUCAGAAAGAGAGGGUUUAGCCAAAUGAAUAAUACACCCAAAUACACGCCCACCCCAUAUAACCCAUUCAUUUCAAAUCAGUGAUUUUCAAUCAAGCUAAAUCGCAUAGUACAUACAUAACCAAAACAACACGGCUACGAAAACUGGGAAAGAUUAUUUGUGAAGUCAAGUAGGAAUUAUAUAUAUAAUUAUUAUAAUUGAAUUUAUAUUUAAUCGCACACACGCAAGCGCACAUUAACACAAAAUUUAUUUAUAUGAUUAUUGAUGAACAAAACGAGAUAUCGAGUUUGGGAGGCUGGUGACGAGGCUAGUGGACUACUAGUUUAGAUAACAAAGGUUGCAGAUUGUAGGCGAUGAACCCAUUGACAUAUAUGUAUACCUGGACUGCCUGCUCGUGCACUUUUAUCAGCGAUGAAUGUGGCACGUCAGAUUUACAUUUGCUGACGAAAUAUAUUUAACAGU